AACCGGGUUUCUUCUUUCAAGGAUAUGAUCUUCUGCUUCUCAGAAGAGGACUGGUCCCUUCUAGACCCUGCCCAGACUGGCUUCUACGGAGAGUUCAUCAUUGGGGAGGACUGCGGCGUCUCACUGCCUCCAGAUGACCCAGCUGCCCAGCUGGAUCUCUCCCAAGGAGAGGAGAAUGAGCCACGUGUUCCAGAGUUGCAGGACCUCCAGGGGAAGGAUGUGUCCCAGGUCUCCUACGCAGACUUCCCAAGUCUCCAGCCAUUCCAGACAGAAGAAAGAAGGAAACGGGAUGAGCCGCAGGUGCCGGAGUUCCAAAUCUGCCAGCAGACGGUGCUCCCGCCAAGCACCUGCCCAGCCGGAGGUGAUGCACCGUUUCCCGACAACAGCCUGGAUGAGGAGGUGACCAUCGAGAUUGUUCUUUCCAGCUCUGGGGACGAGGACUCCCAGCUCGGCCCCUACUGCACAGACGAGCUGCAGAGCCCCACGGAGAAGCAGCACAGCCUCCCUACCUCCCACCGGAGCGGCCCUGAGUCAGGGGGUGAGGUGCAGACCUCCUCCAAAAAGUCCUAUGUGUGCCCGAACUGUGGCAAAGCCUUCCGCUGGAGGGUCAACUUCAUCCGGCACCUGCGGAGUCGCAGGGAGCAGAAGCCACACGAGUGCUCGGUGUGCGGGGAGCUGUUCAGUGACAGCGAGGACCUAGAUGGGCACCUGGAGACCCACGAGGUCCAGAAACCUUUUAGGUGCGGUGCCUGUGGGAAGAGCUUCCGCCUCAACUCCCACCUGCUCUCCCACAGGCGGAUACACUUGCAGCCAGACAGACUCGAGCUACUGAAGAAGAGAGAGCAGGACGCAUCGGGGACCGUGGGCGGGGAUUCCGACGCCCUACUGGCAAAGGGCAAGGCCAAGCUGCGCUUCCAGUGCUGUGACUGCGGGAAGGUGUUCCAGCGUCCCGACCAACUGGCCCGGCACCGCAGUAGCACUCAUGUGGACAAGUCCCGGCCCUUUCAGUGCCGGUACUGCGUCAAAAGCUUUUCCCAGAACUCUGACCUUCUCCGCCACCAGCGCCUGCACAUGAAGCGCCGGUCCAAGCAGGCGCUGAACUCCUACUGAGUCAAGGGCGCACACGUUGUUGGGUGCAGCUCCAGCCUGGGUAGAGCACGUCGCGCUCGUGCUCGGUUCCAGACUCCUCCCCAGGACGGAGACCACAUCCUCCUGACCUUUACUCUCAGGUAGAAAUGAGAUCGUGGCCAGUUGAGCAUCCGUUCUGUCUCUGCUGUGCCAGAAGCUGGGAGGGCGUGUCACCACCAGCUUUGACUUGCCCAGUGUUAUCGGGUCUAGGAGAGCCCUGUCCAGUGCUUCCCAAGCAGUGGAGGGACUGGGGCGCCCCCUACUGCAGUGACCCCUUGUCGGGGGGGCGGGGGCGGUCUGUCCCUUACCAGCUAACUUUCAGUAUACUCCCAUCCUGUGCUGUCUGAAUUCCCACCCCACCCUGAGGUCUGGAGGUAACUGUACUUUCUGCCUGACAGCAAGAAGCUGCAGAUGAGGUGAUGGGUUAGGAGGAAGGCAGGAAGGCGGGGUGGGACCCGUGGGCACAAGGGCAGUAGGGCCAAGCACACCAGACCAUGUCAUGUCAUCAGAAGUCUGAGUCCUGGUCACCAUCUGGUCCACAAGAGCAGCUCACAAUUAUGAGAUGGCCCUUUCAGGCUCAGAAGCCUUGGUGGGGGGCUUUACAGCUCCUUGCCAAAUGGAAACCUUUUCUUUGUGAUGAUGGCUGGUUAUUAGGGAUUGUGAGCUCACGUAAGGCAAAGCCCACAUUUUAAACUGUAUGUUGGCACACGCUCCCCAAAGUGUCCUUUCUUUGUACCCUGAAGGUCCUUGGUGUAUGCUUGUGGGUUAGAAGUGAAGUCAUCGUCGUUUGAAAGGCACUUAAGUUUCCUUUCCCAUUGGGUCGUGUCUCGGAAAGGGGAGCUCAGCUCCAGUGAAUGAGAGGCUCCUUGGCUGGGUGAACUGAGCAGGGGAAACAACAGAACCUUUGGUGAAGUCAUUCUCUACAUCAUGUAUUGCAUUAGUGUGCCAGUUGUAUUGGUUCCUUAGGGCUCUGCUGUAACAAAGUGCCAAAAACUGGAUGGCCUAGAGCAACAGAAAUUCGUCGUCUCAGUUCUGGAGGCCAGAAGUCCAAGAUCAGGGUGUCAGCAGGGUUGGUUUCUUGUAAAGGAAGGAUCGGCUCCGUGCCUCUCCUUUAGCCUCAGUGGUUACCGACUGUUGUUGAUAUCCUUUGUCUUGUUGAAGCAUCACCCCAUCUCUACCUUCAUCUUUACAUGGUGCUCCUGUGUAUGUGUCCGUCUCCAAAUUUUCCCUUUUUAUAAAGACACUAGUCAUAUUGGAUUAGGGCCUACCCUACUGUUUCCAGUAUGUUCCCAUCUUAACUAAUUGUAUCUGCAAUGACCCUAUUUCCAAAUAAGGUCACAUUCUGAGGUACUGGGGUUAGGACUUCAACAUGAAUUUGGGGGGGAUGGGGAGACACAGUUUAACCCAUAAAACUAGAUAAUCCUGAGGUUCUGCUGUCAUUGCUGAUUCACAGGUGAGUCAAUACAAACUUGGGUUAGCUUACUCUCAGUUCUAUUGGAAGCAGGAUUCAGAUCCAAGCUUCUGCUCCCAGGGUGGAUGUCCUCUGCACAUAGCCUUUAAAUUUCAUUGCCUGGGGUUCUGGGCUGCGAGUGACCACUGGUAGUGAAACCGCAAGCAAUGAAAACCACGGUCUUGUUCCUGGCAGACUGGCCAGGUUGGCGCAGCUCAAUGAUGAGAAAGCACAGAGGCUAUAGAGUAUCAGUGACUAAAGCAGAAAGCCAGCCAGCAGGCAUGCGUUACGUAUUUGUAUGUCAGGUCCCAUUAGCAGGCAGUAAGGCUGGGCAAAUGAACGCAAGGCCCUUUGUUCCUUGUCAGCCACUUCAUUGUCACGUUGAGAGACGCUGCUGCCACAAACUCAGUGAAAGAGUCACAAGGUUUUAUAGUUACGAUUACUGUGUGUAGAUUCAUCUACGUACCCAGGAACAGUAAAUGCAAUAAAAUAAUUUGGUCAUAACCCUGAACAAGAAAUAAACUAUUGAGGCUCUUUGUUUUCUACAUAGUUUGCCUCUUGGAUUGAUCUGCCGGGAACAGGGAAAAAUAUGAAUCUUGAAGGCCAAGGGAGGGGAAAAUUCCAAAUAGAACCCAGAUUCCGUGUACAUUUACCCCACCCACCUGUGCACUCUUGCCCAAGGAUUCCAUUAAGAGGGGAGGUUAUGAUCCCAAGAGGAACACUACUCUACUUAGUGUAUUUUAUCUGAAAAUCUUAAGUAAGAAAGAAAGGGAAUGUGACAGAAUUGAAACCUUUGGGGACGCUGUGCAUCGUUCAGUACCCACCAAAUAUUGUGAGGGAGUCCCCCAUUCACUUACGCAAACCUGACCAAGGUACUUAGCUAAUCAGAAGGUUACCUUCCCCCUGGAUUCGGAAACCCUACUGGGUGGUGCAACUCAAAUCCCAGGUUCUUCCCAUGCAGAAGAAAUGCGGUUACCUGCUCUGGAGAAAGCUCCAGAAGAUAGGAGAACUGACCGACUUAUUCCCUUCCCACCCUCCCUGGGUAGCUGGGCAGACAGGGGAGCUAUGUUUCUACCUUGCCGUGGAUGUUCAGAGACCCCACAUCUGAAGAACAUCUGUCCUCCCUGUUCAUCUGAUCCCUUGGCAUUGUUCCCAUAAAUUCACAGGUGCAUAAUAAAAUUCGACUCACUGAAUUCA